AGACACUUCCGUCCAAAUGUGCGUGCCUGGGGAGGAGCUUACAAGGCAAUAUAAUUGUUGUGUUUCCGCACGAAAAAUAAAAAACGGAGCACCAAAAUGGCGACCUCCUUACUUCGGCUAGGACGACUGGGGUCUCUCAAGGUUCUCCAGAAAGAGAGCUGGGGCCUUUUGAGGAGCUCCUCUGCCGCGGCAUUCUGCACCAAGGCUGGGGAGCCAGAGAAAGCUGUUAAGGCAACGACUACAAUUAAGAAGGCCUCAGAAGAGGGGGUUGCACUACAAGCCUACAACACCACGGUUGCCUUCCCCGUUAAGCUUUCAGCCUCAGGACUUUCCCCAGCACAGGCUCUAGGUGAAAUUGAAUCAGUGGCUAGCCCCGUCACUGCUGAAACAAUAGUAUCCGCAGCUGCAGAGCCAGCUACCUUUUCCACUUCUGCAAGCCAUGCUGACGCUAUGCCUGCUGAAACUGCUGUGGCUGAAGAAACCGCUAGUCUAGCUGUACAUGUGGCCGCUCCAGUCAUAGAAGUGGCUAAGUCUGCCCCUGCUUCUGAGAGUGUUGCAGAGAUCACACCCCUUGUCACAGAGGAGGCCGCAGCACCAGAGACACCAGUAGUAGAAUCCACUACACCAGUUGCCAAGGCCGCAGUAGUCGCUGUUGCAGAAGCUGCUCCAGUUGCUGAGGCUGUUGCCAGUGUAGCCGCCCCAGUUGAAGCAGUUGUGGCAGAGGCUCCUUCAGUUGCGGAGGCUGUCGCCGAACCUGUUCCAGUCGCUGACAUUGCUGCUCCCAUCGUCGAUUCUGCUCAACCUGUAAUUGACGCCGCCACCAAAGUCACGGAUGCUGCUCCCCCAGUUGCUGAGCCUGUCGUUGCUACCAGUGAUGAAGCUCCCGUGCCAGAAGACAUUCCAGUUUCAGCCUCUGCCGAUCCACCUUUAGUUGAUGCUGCAGCCUCCACUGAACCUGGAGCCCCAGCCGUUGAAUCCUCAUCCAGUGAUUCUGACUCCGACUCCUCUGACUCUGACACCGACUCUGAUGAUGAUGAUGAUGAGAUGUCCAAAGUGAAGUCAAAGGCAAAACCAGAAAUCCAAACAGAAAAAAAGAAAGACUCAGGAAAGGAAGCAGUGGCUUUGGCCAGCGACGCUGAGGUGGCAGUGACGUCUGAUGCCAUACUUGUGGCCACUGCCAAAGCUGUGCAAGAAGCUACACCUGCGCUGACUCUGAACGCCGUUCCUGAAACUGUCAAGGACAAAGCACCAGAAGUUGUAGCCGAAGCAGCACCAGAAGUCACAAAAGAAGUUCAAGCGGCCACUCCAGAAAUUGCAAGUGCUGAGCUGGUUGACCCCACCUCUGUCCUGGAAGCCGACCCAGCGAAAGCUACCCUGGAGGUUGGCCCUGAAACUGCCCCUGCUGCAAGUUUUGAGGAGCUAGUAGACUCUGCCCCUGAGAUCGCUAGUGUACCCAAAGAGAUUUUUGCAGAAGCUGCUCCAGAGGUUGAAGUAAUGCCUCCAGAAGUCACCGCUGCACCAGAAGUCACUCCAAAAGUUGUACCAGAAGCGGCAGAAGAAGCAUCUGAAGCUGCCCCUGUAGAAAUUGCUGCUGAAACCCUUGUUGAACCUACGGCGGAAGAUGCACCGGCCGUUGCUAAAGCUGCCCCAGUUGAAGCCGCAGCAGAUGUGCUGGUAGACAUCGCCCCUGUAGUGGCUGAAGCCGCAGCAGAGGUGCUGGUAGACAUCGCCCCUGUAGUGGCUGGAGCCGCAGGAGAGGAGCUGAUUGCAGAGGCCCUGGCUGAGGCAGAACCGAAUGAGACCUCAGAGGCUGCACCUCCAGAGCCAGCCCCCGAGCCCCCCGAGCCAUUCGACAACAGCACUUAUAAGAACCUCCAACACCACAACUACAACCACUACACCUUCGCAGACCUGGACCUGGAGAUGGCCAAGUACCGUCUUCCCCAGCCCUCCUCCGGUAGACCCUCCCCCAGGCACUGAGACAGCCUGGAACCCAGGCCCCAUGUCCCCAGACAGCAUGUCUCUGAUCCCACCGACCACCCCAUUGUCUUUUUUUAUUUUUAUAGAAGAAUAAUGAUUUUGCCUUGUACUUUAUGGUCCCUAAGAUGUGCUUGUAAUUCUGUUAAAAUAAAUCUAUUAUAUUAAACUACACAAAAUGGA